AUGGCGACUGCAACGAACGGACACGUUAAUGGUGGAACAAAUGGCUAUGCUGCUGUCUCUCCUGGGCAUAGGGUGAUGAGCAAAAGAUUCUCAGACAUCCCGUCUGCCAUCGAUAUUCCCGUGCAGGGCGAAGAUGACGAUCAAGCUGUCGAAGUCGAUCUCGAAGACUUGUUGGAUGAUCCUACCGAACUAUGUACUCUUCUAGAGAACGAAGGCGCGGCGCGCACAUACUGGAUGACGGUCUCUCUUGCAUACGCCAAGCAAAAGAAGGUUGAUCAUGCUAUCGAAAUGCUGCAGAAGGGACAAACAGCUAUGCGGGGUGGACAGAAAGAGAAACUCAGCAUGUUGACUUGCUUAUGCUGGAUGUUCCUUUGGAAGAGCAGGGAAUCUCCGCGAGUCCUCCCAGACGAUGCGGCGUCAAAUUUAAAGACGAAGGAAUACUGGUUACAACAAUCGACUUCUACACUCAAUGAAGCAUUACGAAUCAAUCCUGCUUUCCCUCCUCUAUUUCUUGCACGAGGCGUUCUUCAAUUACUCAAAGCAUCCCUACAACCGCCCUCCAAAUCCGCUUCAGCUGGUGCGACUGAUCAUGAAAAGCAAGAUAUGAUCCGUUCAUCACUGAGGUCUUUCGAAGACGCAAUUCGAGUAUCCCAAGGCAGAAACAUAAUGGCGGUCUUGGGAAAGGCGAGAGCGAAUUUCUCUUUGGGCAAAUAUCCUGAGGCUUUGGAAGGUUACCAAGAUGCUCUGCACAAGAUGCCAGACAUGGUAGACCCGGAUCCCCGCAUUGGAAUUGGCUGUUGCUUCUGGCAGCUUGGAUUCAAGGAUGAUGCAAAGACGGCUUGGGAGCGAGCUUUGGAGAUCAAUCCAGACUCGAAGAUCGCAAACAUCCUCCUGGGUCUCUUCUACCUCGAUUCGAGCGCGCACGUUCCUACCAAUGGGCCUGAGUUCAUUCGGUUAUACAAGAAAGCGAUGACAGAAUACACACAAAAGGCAUUCAAGGCCGACAAAGAUUUGCCUUUGACCUGUGCUACGUUUGCUGGGUACUUCUUGUCCAGAAAGUCAUUACCUAAUGUUGAGACUCUCGCCCAAAAGGCCAUCCAGUAUACCGAUGUCAAUGCCAUUGCAAGCGAUGGCUGGUACUUGCUGGCUCGAAAGGAACAUUACAACGAUGAUUACGAUAAGGCUGCAGAUUGCUAUCGAAGAGCUGAUGAAGCUCGGGGUGGUGCUGAUCGUGGAUUUCUUCCAGCCAAAUUUGGUGUUGCGCAACUUUCGGUACUGAAAGGUGAUUAUGGCGAAGCCAAAUUGAGACUCGAGAAAAUCAUCCAAAAUUCGAAGAAUGUGGAGGCAAUGGCGCUGCUUGGUACCCUAUAUGCUGAAGAGGUCUUUACCGUCCAGCAAAGUGGUGCGAACACAAAAGAGGAGAAGUCACCCGAGUACAAGAAGGCAGUAGGAUACCUUGAAAGCGUUCGCACUGCAUGGAAAGAUCCUAAGAAGAAUCUCAUCCCGGACGCUUCAGUGCUAUUGAAUCUUGCCCGACUCUACGAGACCGAUCAGCCUGAUAAGAGCUUGCAAUGCUUGCAACAAGUAGAGCAAAUAGAAUUUGAUCAGGUCCCUGAGGAUGAACGACCCAAGGAUCCAGAGGAAGAAGCUACAUGGCGGCAGAGAGUUCGGGAAGGUCUCCCUCCUCAACUGUUGAACAAUAUGGGAUGCUUCUUUUACCAGUCAGAGAAGUUCGAUCAAGCCCGAGACAUGUUUCAAUCGGGUUUGAACGCUUGCAUCAAGGUAGGCGAGAAGCAAGAAGAUAUGGAUACAGAUGCGCUCGUCACAACCAUCAGCUAUAAUCUUGGUCGUACAUACGAGGCCAAUGGAAUGCUUGACGAAGCCCACAAUGUCUAUGAUGGACUUCUCGCCCGUCACGCCGAUUACACAGAUGCGCGAACUCGACUUGCAUAUAUUUCUCUGCGCCAAAAUCCUACAGACGAAGGUCCUAAAGCAGUCGUGAAGCUCUAUAACGAGUCAUCUGCAGAUCUUGAAGUGCGAGCCUUGUACGGUUGGUAUCUCGGCAAAGUUCAUUCUCGGAAGAGAGGUGGCAAUAUUGCUGAAGAUCCCGAACUUCGACACUACAAGCACACACUUCAGAACUACGAGAAACAUGAUCGUUACGCUUUGAUUGGGAUGGGAAAUCUCUACCUCAUUACAGCCCGUGAGAUGCGACGUGAGACUGAUCAAGAGAAGCAAAAGCGAACGAACAUGUAUGUCAAGGCUGUUGAGUUCUUUGAUAAGGCUCUACAGCUGGAUCCCAGAAAUGCAUAUGCUGCCCAGGGAAUUGCUAUUGCACUCGUCGAGGAUAAGAAGGACUUCAAGACGGCGUUAUCUAUCUUCAUCAAGGUUCGAGAAACCGUCAAAGAUCCUAGUGUAUUCGUCAAUCUUGGUCACAUCUUCAAUGAAUUACGACAAUACUCGAAGGCCAUUGAGCAUUAUGAACUCGCGUUGUCGAAGGAUCGAGCACAUGAUGCCCAAAUUCUGGCUUGUUUGGGGCGAACUUGGCUGUCAAAGGGAAAGGCAGAGAAGAGUUUGCAAGCAUUCAAGAAUGCUCUCGACUAUUCGCAGAAGGCCUUAGAGAUUGCUUCCGAGCAAGUUCACUUCAAAUUCAAUGUGGCUUAUGUGCAGCUGCAACUUGCAACCACUAUCUAUGCACUACCGGAGACACAGCGUACUCUGGCAGAAGUUGAAGCCGCUGCUGCUGGACUCGAGGAGGCCGUGGCUUCCCUAGAUGCUAUUUCCCAACAUCCUCAAACACCUUAUCCUAAGCACGAUGUCGAACAGCGAGCAAACAUGGCUCGAAAUACCAUGCGAAAGCAGUUGGAGCGUGCUGUUCAAGCUCAGAGAGAGUAUGAAGAGAAGAAUGCCGAGAAGCUUCAGGCUGCAAAGCAAGCUCGAGAAACAGAGCUGAGAAAGCGUGAGGAAGCAAGAUUAGCGGCAGAGGAAGCUGAGAAGGAGAGAAAGCGAGCCAUCGCAGAGGAGAGACAAAAGAUUGCCGAGCGAGAUCGUGAGCUUGCAGAGGCAAGAGCUGAGGAAGAUAAGGCCAGAGAGGCUGCAGAGCUGACUACGGACAGCGAGACAGGCGAAAAAGUCAAGCGGAAGAAGAAGCCUCGUGCUGCUGGCACAGGGGGCAAACGCAAGAAGAAGAACGAGGACGGUAUCACCGACGACGAAGACAGUGGUCUCGAUGGCAAGAGACGAAGCCGUGGUCCUCGUAGCGGCGGCGAGAGCGACGAAGAGAAGCCAAAGAAGAAGAGACGUCUUGCCAAGAAAGCUGCAACCGAGAAGCCCAACAAAUACAAGAGUAGCGAAAUUGUGGUUGAGAGCGAUAGCGAAGGAGAUGAUGGCGCUGCUGCAGCGGCACAAGAAAUGAACGAUGAUGUUGGUGAUGAGCCUGCGGCCGAUAUGGACGUCGAUGCUGGAAGCGAUGAGGAUGAGACUGUUGCUGCGCCGAUCAAACGCAAGAGCAGACGAACCAUGAUCGAUUCCGAUGAUGAUGACGAAGAUGAGCCUGCAGCUGCGAAUGGGGGUUCGCCUGAAGCAAACGGCAACGCCGAGGAUGGAGAUACACCGAUGGCAGAGGCUGAUAACGCGGCAGACUCUGAUGAUGAGUAG